UUUCCCACAAUUCCGUCUUCCCGGAAGUCUCAGCCUUGUUUCUGCUGCUGAUUUGGAAUGGGCGCUUAUUAUGGGUGGAAAAUAGAAACCAGUUAGCUGUCUCUUACAUCUCGGUUUGACUUAUUUAUUAAUAAAAAAAAUUCUCAUUGGAGAACUAAACGCUGCCAUCAUGACGAACGUGUACUCCUUUGACGGCAUUGUUGUGUUUGGACUUCUCUUCAUCUGUACUUGUGCGUACCUGAAGAAGGUUCCUCGCCUCAACAGCUGGCUCUUAUCUGAGAAGAAAGGCGUGUGGGGCGUUUUCUAUAAAGCGGCAAUAAUCGGGACCCGGCUUCAUAUCGCUGUGGCGCUCUCCUGUUUGUUUAUGGCCUUCUAUCUGGUCUUCUUGAAAUGACCCUGACUGAGCCACCUCGUGGACACUGUUUGGUCGUUGAGGCCUGGAGUACCAUUGGAAACACCGAACAGGCGAAUCCUACCAUCAGGACACACACAGACACUGCUCCACAUUCCUACUUCCUACCUGUUCCUCAAGUUGUAACCAUCUUGUCAGUCCCGGCUCCAUAUGAUUAUUUGACUUGGACUCGAGUUGGAGGGAGCUGCGUCUAAAUCAGCGUAACGCAAGAAAUACGAUUAAGGACGAAUGACUUGGAUGAAUAUUUAACCUUUACUUGGUGGUUUAAGGUUACGGUCAUGUGGUUGAACAUGAAACAGUGUAAACAUGACGAAAGACACUAUCUUUUCUCUCUCUCUGACUUUUUUGCAAAUUGAUUCAUUUUUGUAGAAGCAAACUGCUUAAUAUGACACUAGCUUGGUUGCAUGAGUUAUUAAUUCUUCUAAUUGGUCAUAAAUGUAGCCUAAUAUAUUCCUCUUCAGUUGUCCAUUUUGCUUUAUGAUACACAUUUCAGCUGAAUUUCAAACUUGCCCCCACUUUUCCCACAGUGGCUUUUGGAUUUGCAUGUUACGUUAACGUUCCUCUCACGCCUGUUAAUUGUUUUUAGUGCAACCAAGUCUGAUUUCUUUUCUUUUUUUUUUCUUUUGUGUGGUGUAAAUAUCAUAUUUAUAAUAGAUAUUCCACAGUACAGCAACAUCAGUGCAAUGUGAAGUGAUGGCGGUUGGGAUUUGUAAAUAUACUGUAUGAGAGAUAUAUAAGUAAAUAAUAUAAUAUUAAAACUAGAAAUAAAAUGUUUAAAUUGGGAUGGGAUUUUCUUUUCUAACGCAAUAAGUAAUAACAAGCAAUCUGUAGUCUUGUUUAGUUACCUGCAAAUCCGACUCUUACGAACGAAUACACGCUCACGUAGCACUUCUCGCAUAGUCAGUGCCAAAGUGGUCGUAGUUUUAACACUGAUGUGGAGAUUCGACCCUCACGCUUCAUGAAAUCAUUUUGUGUACAUGUGUAAACCUGUUCAUGGCUCUCAGCGCACUGCUGUUUUUAUGGAGCGUUAAUGCUGGUUGUCAAGCAGAAGGUUUUUGGUACCUUUUGUUCUUUUUUUGUAUUUAAAUUGAAUUAAAUAAAGUGUAUAAGCCCUUUA